AUGGACUCAGAAUUAAUGUCUGAAGGUUGCAUUGCUACACAAUUACAUAAGCUUACAAUUAGUCAAGGAACAAUAUGGUAUCGUUACAAUUGUAAAGUUGAAGUUUUAUUUCCAAAUAGUAACAAAACAAGAGAUUUAACAUAUGUUAAUUCUGAAGGUCCUAGUUCACCGAUUGCAGCACUUGAGAAAAGAAAUGCCUGUAGAUUUGCUGUAAGUAAAGCUCAUGAAUUAAGUGGUAAUUUUGGAAAUGACCAACUUUUCUAUGCUUAUGAUGGAGUGAAAAAUUUGAUAACAAAUCAUCCUUUAAAUAUUGAUGAAUUUGUUAUGGAGAAAGAAAAAUUAGGUAUUCAAUUCAAAAGUAUUUUCAAGAACGGUAGUGUUAGAAUCCUUUUUGAAAAAACACCCCGUUUUCACGAGAUUGAUCUAUCCAGUUAUGUUGAUUGCUAUGGAGAAGAAGAAUUUAAUGUUAUAAUUGGUUGCUUGGAUUUAAUUACUACACAACAAGCUCUAAAUGACAAAAGUGCUGGAGGAGGUGGAUAUGUUCAAUUGAAUGGUGGGAAGUCAUUAACUGAAUCAACAUCAUCUUCGGAAUAUGAAAAUUUAAGAGUAGGCCCUGGUAGGAUAAUAAUUGGUGGAUUUACAAAAAAUAUUAAGUUUGUAAAUAUUGAUGGACCAUGUUUUGGACUUUCUAUUGAUGCUUCAAAAAAUGUGUACUACAAAUCUGAACCUCUGGACAAGAUUAUUAAAGAUGAAAUCUUUAGAGGAAAUGUACCAAGUUCAUUAAGGGAAUUUAAUAAUGGAAUUAAUGAUAGUAAUAUUAAAGGUGUCUAUGUUGAAACGAUGCAUAGAAAGAAUGGUGAUAUCUUUAAAUUUCGACAUGAUCUUCAUAAUCAUAGUGCAAAUGAUACUUUUAUUGACAUGAAAGAUGGUUCUCGGAAGUCGAUUGCUGAAUAUUUUUCUGAUAGAUUUAAUAUAACAUUGAAAUAUCCAGAAUGGCCUCUAUUUGUUCAUAAAAUUAAGAGGACUAUUAAAAAAGAUGAAGCAAAGGAAGUUAUUGAAGAGGUUAACUUUUAUCCAUUAGAAGUCUUGAAGAUUGUUUGUGGACAGAAAGUACCAAUUAAUAAGAUGGAUCCAGCUUCUGCAUCAGCACAACAACGUGUCAACACUAGUGGUCCAUUUGAAAGAAAAGGAAGUACUAAUAAUCAAUUAUAUAAUCUUGGUAUUACCAGUAUAAACAAUCUUUUUACUAAGUUUGGUAUAAGCGUGUCUAAAUCAUCAUGUUAUGUUACUUGUGAUCAACCAGAAAAUCCAAAAGUUUUAGUUCGUGAAAACCAUGCUGUUCGUAUUGAAAACGGAAGAAUUAAGAAUGAGAAUAAACCUGUAGUCCAUAGUUGCUCUGAAUCAAUGAGUCUUGUUAUUGUUCACAAUGAAAGAUGUAGCAGUCACACUAUUAAUGGAUUUGCUCAAAGAUAUGUAGAUAGAUGCAAAGAAAAUAAGAUUCAUUUCAACAGACCUUCAAUUUAUUCUUGUAAUACUGAUGUUGACAAUGGAAUUAAUGAAGAUGGUCUGUUAAAACAUUUUAGUAGUUCUAUUGAAAAGUGUUCAGGAAAACCGUAUUUAAUUUUGAUUGAUGAUAAGAAAAUAAAAAAAAGUCAUACAGUUCUUAAAGUUUUUGAGCAAAAAAAUGAUGUUAUUACACAGCAUAUUACUUUUGAAAUUGCUUCUAAAUGCCAAAAUCAAAUUGUAACAUUAGAUAAUGUUGUAAGAAAAACAAAUUCUAAACUUGGAGGUCUCAACUUUCAUGUUUAUAUGGGUGAUACAAAAUACGAAAAUUUUAACAUUGAUAACAAGGAUACUCUUUACAUUGGUCUUGAUUUGUCACUUACUGUUCCUGGAACAAUAAAACAAGAUUUAUCUACUUCUGUUGGAGGAUGGUGUGCCAAUUUAGGAGAAAGAUUUGGACAAUAUUGUGGUGAUUAUUGGUAUCAAGAUAAGAAAAAAGACGAACCAUUUAUUAUCGAAAAGAAAUCUUUAGAAGAUAUUUUUACAAGAAUUUUAGAAAGAUGUCGAGAAAACUCACGAAAUCCACCUUCAAAAAUUAUCUUUUUCCGUUGUGGUUUGAAUGAGGAGCAGUUUAAAAAGUCGAUUGAAAAUGAGUUUAAUGUGCUUAUUGAAAUGAAGUCGUUAAUUGGUACUAUUUUUGGUAGUAAAUCAGUUAACACCAACUUUACUUACGUAUUUGUUUGUAAACAAGAUAAUUCACGUUUUUAUUCUAUUCAAAAUAAUGGAUGUGUUGACAAUGUUUCUCCUGGAACUUUUAUAUCCAAAGAAUUUAGUCUUGGUGAAAAUAUUAGAAUGUAUUCGAAAACAAACCCAUCUUGUUUAGGAACAGCAAAACUUCCACUUUACUAUAUGGCUUAUGAUGAAAAUAAAAAUGAGGAUAAAUUUACUGUUGAGAAAUUUGAAAAAGUUAUUAAUAUGUUAUGUUAUACAUAUGAUAUUAUUCCUUCUGCUAUUUCAAUUCCUGGUCCAGCAUACAUUGCUGGUCAAUUUGUCAAGAGAGGAAGUAAUAAUUUAAUUGGCUUCUCCAAAACAAAUCUUGCCCCAUUUCAAGAAGUUGACUACGCUUCUUAUUCAUCUACUGUCAAUUAUUCAAAUAAGGCACUUGGAAAAAUAAGAUUCAAUGCUUGA